CACAUUUCCUUUUCUAUAAUUUCCAGCUGAAAUUAUUGUAAUAGCAAUUCAAAACCUGACCAAGUUGGCAGUCACGCAAAAAUUAUUUUGAAAAAUCAUCUCAACAAGCAGGAAAAAUAUUUCAAUCUCACCAGAGGGUCAAUAAUAAAAAUUAAACCAAGUAUUUUAUUUUCUGUCUGCCAUAAAAUUUUAAUUAGAAAUAAAUCAGGGUACAACUGAAAGGUUGGCAGCUCUUAUUCAAGUGAAUUCACGAAGGUGCGGGAAGCGUGCCCUGUCUCCCACGCCACUCGAACUCACGAAACGGGGCCGAUAGGACACACUCACGCACACACACAUACACGAUGAGUUCCUCAAGAAAAUUUUCCUGCAAGAAUCGCAGUUUGGUUCUGCUGAUGUGGACCCUUGCGCUUGGAUUCAUAUGCAUCAUUUCGCUGCGGAGCCCAAGCGCCAAAUUUGUGGUCAAAAGAGGAGCAGAGAAGAGGACGGAUGACGUCUUGAUGACGACUGGUGGUUCUGAAAAUUUAAUCGAAAAACUGCGAGCUGAGUUUGAUUCGGUGCUGGAAACCGAAAUGGAUAUCCUGAAAGCGAAGAGGAGCGCCUACAACCUGACCGCGGAAAUCAGCACGCUUGUGCGAGAGAAAUUUGCCAAAUUGCCAAUUGACACGAAAGAUUUGUACACACACAGUGAAAAAGAAGUGGAAAAAAUAUUGAAAAUGGACCAGGAAGACAAGGAGCUGAUAAAAUACGUUAGGAAUAAAAUGUUGGUGACGCCCAUCCCUCGAAAUAUCCCCUACAAUUUGAGACACCCCGGAAGCAAGGACCGAAGCGAGGGCCAGCUGUCGGCAUUUUUGGACAUUUUCGUGAAUGUGACCAAUGGGGGAUAUUUCAUCGAGUGCGGCGCCUUCGACGGCGAGGAAAUCUCCAACACGCUCGACCUGGAGGAGCGAUACAACUGGACCGGCGCCCUGAUCGAAGGGUCGCCUAAAAAUUUCAGGAAUCUCACCGCCAGGAAUAGAAAAUCGACGUUGGUUCCAGCGUGUUUGAGCGUGGAGAAGCACCCAACUAAAGUGAAAUUCGAGGAUGGAAGAACCUUGGGGAAGAUUUUCAACGUUAGUGACGUCCCUUUGCAAAAUAUCACUGCAGGAAAACCGAAGAAUCCCAUAAUUGAGGUUCUCUGCGUGCCAUUUUACACGAUUUACAAAGCGCUGGACCAAUCCGAAAUCGACCUGUUCGUUCUGGACAUCGAGGGCCACGAAAAUGACGUUCUCUUCACGAUUCCUUUCGACAAGGUCACCAUCCAUGUUUUGAUCGCCGAAUUCAGUCACGGAGUGAAAUUCACAAAAGAGCACAUGAAAUCGUUUAUGCUUGAUCAGGGCUACCGCCUUUACGAAGGGACCAAUCAGCGAAAGUGGCAAAAGGAAAAUUACAUGUUCAUCAAAAAAGGCUGCAAAUACGACAGAAUUCAUCCAUGAACCUUUUCCAGGCUAUUUAAAAAAAACAAAUCCUGUCAAAGAUUUGAAGGAAUAUAUUUUUAAUGGUGUGAAAACAUAAUCGAGAACAUGAAUUAAUUUAAAAAGUAAUAUAGAUAGUUGUUAAAGAAUUUUACCAGCGUCGUGCACGCGCGGAAAGUACAGAGUGUCAGAUAAAUUAUUCUAUCACAUGUACUCAAAGAGAUAAAUUUAUAAUUCCUUUUACUUCCCAAAUCGAAUUUCAAAAAGCCUUUUUAUUAAUUAUUAGCAUAAAAAAUAUUCAAGUUCACAAAGACUAAUAUAACAGCGGCUGUUUUAACGUUGUUUCAACUUGUUAUCAGUUUAGUGUUCACUGAUAUUUAUGAUAUUUAUCAGUCACGAGGGAAGGCAAGUGUGUGACGCCGUUUCCUUGUCUGUCAGGCAUAUAUUCAUUUAUAAUUGUCACGAUAUCACAAACAGUUUAACUGAGACAGGGUCGCGAUUAAUUUGGAUAAGCGUUGAAAAGAAGAAAAUGAGUAAAAGUAACUGAAUUAAUAGAAUUUAAUCCAACAUGCAACUCGGUCUAUUGGUAAAUUUGUUCAGGCAGUCAGAAAAAAAUUUUUAAAUUAAUUUUUAAUAAAAAUGCUGAGUAGGUUAUAAUCUGUGGAUUUUUUUUAAUUUCUCGUGUUAUUUUUAAAAUGCAACACCUUCAUAAAUAUGCAAAAAAUAGUUUGCUGCAUAAAUAAACACAGUUAAAAAAUAUUUAAAUUUAUUUGUGUUCUUGUAAAUUCUGGAAACACAGUUGUGCUUUGAUGAUUUUGAGAACAGUGUAAAAAAUUUAGAGUUGUUGCAGGUAGUGCACUAGCUAAUUUCAUGUUGAUAACAAUUGAGGUUUAAAUUAUUCCGUUAAACCGGUUGUAGCACAGAGUAUGAAUGCUUUUUGCCCGGGAUUUGUAACAAA